UCUUCCACACUUGAGCUAGGGUUUAUCUUUACGGCAGAAAAAAACCCAAUCUCAAACCCCUAAAUCACUGCGUUUAAUCGUUCGAUUCAAAAUGGACAAAAGCAUGAUUGCUGAUAUGGAAAAUCUUCCAGAGGCAGAUAAACAAAGAAUGGCUACCAUGAUCGAUCAGCUCCAAAUCCGUGACAGCCUGAGAAUGUAUAAUAACCUGGUGGAGAGAUGCUUUCAUGAUUGUGUGGAUACGUUUAAGCAUAAAUCCCUGCAAAAGCAAGAAGAAACCUGUGUUCGAAGAUGUGCAGAGAAAUUUCUGAAGCACUCUAUGCGUGUUGGCAUGAGGUUUGCUGAGCUGAACCAAGGUGCUGCAACUCAAGAUUGAAGUCUAUUAACAUUGGAAAACUGUUUUUUUUUGUUAAUCUUGAAUACAGUUUUGUUUAAUUGUACUUUUGCUAUUUUAAAGCGAGGCACUGUAGAACAUGUAUUUCUUUAGUUGCUAAGAUUGCACAAAAUUGAUGCAGAAAUCUAAAUAAGUUCGUAAAGAUGUGCUGUAUUCAUUAUGCUAUAGAACCGUCAUUCUUGAUUGCCAUUAUUUAGUAAUAUUAGUAUCACUACUCAA